AUGGAGGACGGCAAGGGUUGGAAUGAUGGGCGCGCUCGUGACGCGCCUCACAGCAGGGCGCGUCCCUUAUCCCUUCCUGCUCCUCAUUUUGCUUCCUCGACUCUCUCUCUCUCUGCGUACGCCAAAUCUAGCAGAGCCAAAUGUCAUGGUUCUUUUCCCACUUGCACUGGUCUUCCAAUCGCCAGAGGAGAGCUUCGGUACGGUGCAUAUGUUCACAAUCCCUUCGGAAAUCGAUAUAGUGAUUCCGAGAUGGUGCAAUGGUAUCAUUGGGGUUGUCUUCCGAAAACGAUUCUGGACAAAGUCGCAAAUGCUGGGGUCGUCAAUGUUGAAGGCUUUGGCACGCUGAAGUACAGUCCGCUGACAAAUAUUCAUUCUACAUAUCUGAGCAUGGUUCGGACUGCCCUGGCCAAUAGGAAGAUUGACCCUGCCGAUUAUCCAUCAAAUACCGCUUCUCUUGUGCCGGCCGCACCCAGCCAAGGAGCUGGUCCUUCUUCUAGUCAGACAGCUGCUUCCGCAAGUACAACUAAAUCGAGAAAGAGGAAGGCGGAGGACCUGGAUCUUCUAUCUUCGCAACCUUCAUCGUCUCAGUCUGGCGGCAUGUCAACCAUGCCCUCCCAAGCAACCGAAUUAAGACGCGAUGGAGAAGUUGAAGAUAACAACGAGGACGCUGACGAAGUUUACAUUGCUAUGAACUCUCAAGUCGUUGGCAUACAGUACUACCACGGCUUGGUGGGUAGCGGGGAGCAGGUUCUUCUCGUCAGAGAGCCCAAUAACAAAUACGACGCGAAUGCCAUCCAAGUUCUCAAUAUCCAGCGUAUACAAGUAGGACACAUUCCUAGAAACGUUGCUUCAAGGUUGGCUCCUGUGAUGGAUCAGGGGCUGGUGACAGUGGAAGGGACAAUGGUACAAGGCAACCUAUCUGGAGCUCACGCAUACACUUUGUCCUUGAAAUUACAGAUAUGUGGGCCAGCUGAUCCAGUGAGGCGAUCGCAGAUAGAGCCUUACUUGGUUUGGGCUACUCCUGGCCAGCGGGGAUUCGAUCAAGCUCGAACAGGGAGUGCGACCCCCUCACAACUCUUGCCAUCCAGUACACAAGCACAACGUGAUGCAUUGAGCUUGAGUCAGGACCAGGCAGAGGACUUGCAGCGAAUACUUGAGGGAUUUAAGAAGGCAAAUGACGAGGGACGGAGAGAUUCCCUUUUGGACUCUCUAUGUGCUGAGCAAGAUAUCUUGAAAGCACCCGAACACCGCAAUCCACCCAGUAAAGCAUCUGGAGAUCUGUUUACCGAUCUUCUCAAGCAUCAGUCCCAAGCACUUCAAUGGUGCAUCGACAGAGAACAUCCUGAGCAACAUCUGGCGAAGAAGGAAACCGACCCUCCUGUACAGUUCUGGCAGCUGAAGAAGACUGGAAAGCAGGUACUGGCCACUCAAACGCCGCAAGCAGAAAAGCCACUCCUGGGCAAAGGUGGAAUCGUUGCUGAUGCUAUGGGAUUGGGGAAGACUUUGACGAUGCUUUCACUUAUUCUGGCCACAAAGGACGAAGCGAUCUCAGGAUUCUCCAACACCACACUCAUUGUGGUACCUCUAUCCGUGCUCUCAAAUUGGGAAGAACAGAUUGCCGAGCACAUCACACGAGGUAAACUGUCCAUGCACAUAUAUCACGGUGGAGGCCGAGAUGUGUCCGAAACUCAGCUGAAAAAGUUCGACAUCGUGAUCACCACUUAUCAAACUGUUGUGUCCGAGAUGGACAAGACCAAUGGCGGCACGGGACCAUCAAGAAAAAAACGAAACGCCAAACACCACUUUUUGAUAUCCAGUGGAAGAAUCAUCCUUGAUGAGGGACACACGGUCCGAAAUCCCCGUGCACUGAUGUCACAAGCAAUCUGCAGUCUGGAAGCUGACCGACGUUGGAUUGUGACUGGUACACCCAUCGAUCUCGGGAGUUUGCUUGCAUUCUUGCGUAUAUGUCGUCCGUUGGAUCAAGCAGAUUUCUUCAAACGCCUUCUCGUUCGCCCUUUUGCACAGGGCUCACCGACAGCAGUCGAUCUCUUGAAAGCCCUCAUGAACUCUAUCUGCAUUCGGAGAACCAAAGAGAUGCAAGACGAGAAUGGAAAGCCGUUGGUUCCAGUGCCCCCCGUAGAAAUGAUUGUUGUUCGUGUCACCCUGGACGAUGAAACCCGCAAGGUAUAUGAUGCAAUAGAAGCGGAAUCACGCCGCCGCUUUGAUGAGUCCUUGGCCAUGAAUUCAGGAGAUGCCGUCGCUGCCCCUGCCAGCGUUCUCAGCAUGCUUACUCGACUACGUCAACUGGCGCUGCAUCCGGCUUUGGUACCACCUAAUUAUCUUGAGGUAGUGUCGAGAGCCGUUGAAGAUAGUGAAGAGUGUCCCAUUAUACCAUAUGUCCGUUUCGAUGGAUCCAUGUCAGCCAAGAAAAGGAAAGAAGUUCUGGCUAACUUCACACAACCGGCUGCCUCCAACGACGACUCCAGUGAAACUGAGUAUGAGGACGAUACUCCGGCUAAACCGAACAAGGGCAAGGGCAUCUUCGGCAGCAGAGUCGCACAACGACCUCUUGUGAUGCUCAUAUCUCUGAAAGCGGGAGCUCUCGGUUUGAACCUGACAGUUGCAAAUAACGUGUUCUUGGAAUCCAUCGAGUCCCAGGCUAUUGAUCGGGUGAAUCGUAUAGGUCAAAAGCGAAAAGUCACUGUGUAUCAACUUAUUGCGGAUGAUACGGUGGAAAGCAAAGUCCUCGAGAUUCAAGGGAGGAAGACAGAGUUCAUCAAACAGGCAUUUUCUGGGAUGAAAGCGCGUGAGAACAGCCGAACAAGGAAAGAAACUCGCUUGAAUGAGUUGAUUGAGCUAUUCGGCGGGCAACCCCAGCGUCGGAAGUGA